AUGACUUCCACCGAAGCCCACCAAACCAUUACCAACCAAACCCUUCCUACUUCCAUGAAUCCUUUUGAAUCAGACGAUUCAAACACACUGAAUACAUCCGACACCUCCCAAUCAAUCAAACCCCCAGCAAAUGGUCCUGCAUUUACCGUCGACUUCACCUGGAAGAAAUGGAAAGGCAUGGUCUCUGACGCCAACAAGCCUGGCUCAGACCCUCUAUACACAAUCCACUUCCCAUUCAAUGUUUUCACCAAAUACGCAGCCACCUUAGUCUUCAAGCGAAAUCCAAGCGAAGAAGUCAUUGGAAGCGGAAUGAUCAAUGCGGUCUCCAUCAACGCCGACUACGAGCUACACGGACAGAAGGCCCACCUCCUAGCUCAGAAGCGCUGGAAAACGGUCUACACCCACCGCUCACUCAACUUCUCUGACACCGACUCUCCAGUCACAAUGACAUGGACCAGCGAUUGCGGGUUCAAGUCUUGGGACUUUGUUUGUGUCGAUGAGCAGCAGAUGCCUGUGGCGAGGUUCGCUGCCAAUUGCUGGGCCCUCACUAAGGUCGGCAAGAUCGAGUUCAUUGGGCCCAAAGCAGAAAGUAGAGCUGCACAAGAAGAGAUUAUGGUUACGGGGAUAACGCUGUUCUAUUGCAUGAUGCUUCGGGCUAAUAGCAUUUUCAAUUUCUUUGGUGCCGUCUUUGCUCGACCAGGGCAUAAACAGCAUAUUGAGCCGAUGCCCAAGGAUAUGGCUAGCUAG